GUCACUCUUACCCAUUAUGUGGAAGUCACAAUCUUAUUAGCUGCAUUCUUUAUCAUCCUAAGAAUGCCAACUAGGAGGUGAUUUUUUUGAUCCUCUGGAAUCCCUGCCUUAUUCAGACUAAGUUAUUUUAUUGUUGCAGCAGGCCUGCAAGAAAGAAACAAAACAAUAAUGGGUAGAGCCCCUUGCUGUGAGAAAAUGGGUCUGAAAAAGGGGCCCUGGACUCCCGAUGAAGAUAAGGUGCUUGUUGAGUAUAUUCAGAAAAAUGGCCAUGGAAGCUGGCGUGCUCUUCCUAGACAAGCUGGGCUUCUUCGGUGUGGGAAGAGUUGCCGCCUGCGUUGGACAAAUUACUUGAGACCCGAUAUUAAACGUGGCCCAUUUGCACCAGAAGAAGAAAGAACUAUCAUUCAGCUGCAUGCAAUUCUAGGCAACAGGUGGUCUUCCAUAGCUUCCCAGCUGCCUGGCAGAACUGAUAAUGAGAUCAAGAAUUUCUGGAACACCCAUCUGAAGAAAAAGCUGCUGCGAAUGGGACUCGAUCCUUCGACCCAUGCACCCAAAUCUGAGAUACCCACUGCAAAUGGGUCACAGGAAUCUCAGUCCUCAGCCCUCAUGAGACACAUGUCUCAGUGGGAAAUUGCAAGGCUUGAGGCUGAAGCAAGGCUGUCAAGGGAUUCAAUGCUCUCAUCUUCAUCUUCCUCUUCUCAUAAUAAGUUGAUGGGAAAUGAAAAUGCAGAAGCCCAAGCCAAAGCACCCACUGAUCUUUUCUUGAAGCUUUGGAACUCAGAAGCAGGCAAGGCCUUCAGGAAAGAGCCAAUUAUGAAUAUCACCAAGAGUAACAACAACCUCAAUAUUGAGAAUCCCCAUGCCCAUGGGCUAGAUCAUGAACUUGGGAAUGCCUUUUCAUGGACAGUUACAAGUCCUCAGCUGACACUAAGCCCAGUUUCAUCCUUUUGCUCUGGAUGCAACUCUGAUCAGCUUAACAUUGAUCACCCAGAUGGAUUCAUUCAUAAGGAAGACAAUUCAGCUGAUUGGGUUGGGAUUUCCAGAUCCCAUGAUUCUUCCUCUAGGGGCCAAACAGAAAGCAACAAGCCCACCACCCUUGAGGACUCCUCUAGCUCUGCUGAAUUAGCCCACAGCCAUGAUGCUCUUCAUAACCAUGACAUUCAAGGCUUGGCAGACCUGCUUCUAGACUUCCCUGAUAACAGUACUGCCAAUACUACCUGUAAUAACACCCCCAACAACAUCAGCUGCAUGAUGACAGAAUUGAGCACAAAUUAUCAGCAACAGUCAGCUUGGGCAUGGCAAGAACUUCACCUUGAUGAGGACAAAGAUUACUGGAAUAAUGUACUUGUAGCUCAUGCUCAGACGUCAUCUGCACAAUCUUCAUAAAUGCCUAAUCUUGUUAACACCAACCUCAGCAAUCAAGUUUUUUAUUUAAAGUAUAACAGAUUUUAAAGAGACCGGAACAGUCAUGUUUCUAGCAUGGUGUAAUACACCUUGAUAGACACUCAAAAGUGAUGUUCUUUUUAAGUUUUUUGUAAGGUUAUUCUCUUGUUGGUUUUUUGAAAGAGUUUUGUUUCCAUAAGUUGUGUUCAGAGCAUGAAUCGAGAGCCAUGGCCUCGAAAUAACUUCUUGUUUACAAUUUCUAUUCUAAGUACUGGCAAAUGGCCAAACAUUUGUAUCAA